CGAUGUGAGCGAGCGUAGCGUCCAGUGAUUCCACCAACCGCGAGCGCCCCCGGCAGUUCUAUUUAAACCAACGGGGAACCCUCACCGAAACCACCGCGCCGAUCGACCGCAAACGUCAGUAGCACUAGCACAAAGUACAAAUCAGCUACUGAUCAGUGUAGUAGCUGGUGUAGCUAGCUAACAAUGGUGAUGACGGUGGAGGUGCUGACGUCGGAGCUGGUCGUCCCGGCGGAGCCGACGCCGGGGGGCAGCAUCUGGCUGUCCAACCUCGACCUGGCCGGCCGCAGAGGCUACACGCCCACCGUCUACUUCUUCCGCCCCAACAACGGCAGCGAUGAGUCCACGGAGGGCUUCUUCUCGCCGGAGGCCAUGAAGGCCAGCCUCGCGAGAGCCCUGGUGGCCUUCUACCCGCUGGCGGGCCGCCUGGGCCUGGACGCCGCGUCCGGCCGCGUCCAGGUGGACUGCACGGCCGAGGGCGUGGUGUUCGCCACGGCGCGCUGCCAGGACUACUCCCUGGAGGACCUGAUGAACGAGUUCGUGCCCUGCGACGCGAUGCGCGACCUGCUGGUGCCGCCCACGCCGCCGCCGAACCCGCCGUGCGCGCUGCUGUUCGUGCAGGUCACCCGCAUGCGCUGCGGCGGCGCCGUGCUCGGCCAGGCCAUGCACCACUCCGUCGUCGAUGCGCGCGGCGCGGCCCUCUUCUUUGAGACCUGGGCCGGCAUCUCCCGCGGCGCGAAAGACUGCUUGCCCGUGCCGCCAUGCUUCGACCACACGCUCCUCGCCGCGCGCCCGGCCCCCGCGCGCGCAGUGCUGUACGACCACCCGGAGUACAAGCCCGAGCCGGCUCCCGUGGACCCCGUGUCGGCGUCCGCGGCGUACGCGAGCGCCAUCAUCACGGUGACGAAGCAGCAGGUGGCCGCGCUCCGGGCGCGGUGCGUGGGCGCGUCCACGUUCCGCGCCGUGGUAGCCCUGGUCUGGCAGUGCGCGUGCCGGGCGCGCGGCCUGGCCUCAAACGCCGAGACGCGGCUCUACUCCAUGGUCGACAUGCGCGCCAGGCUCGACCCGCCGCUCCCGGCGGGGUACUUCGGCAACGCCGUGGUGCGCACGUCGGUGUCGGCCACCGUGGACGAGAUCGUGUCCAGCCCCGUGGUGCACGCGGCGCGGCUGGCCAGGGCGGCCACGAGCCAGGGGGACGACUACGCGCGGUCGCUGGUGGACUACCUGGAAGGCGUGGACACGAUGAACCUGCCACGGAGCGGCAUCUCGCGCGCGCACCUCCGGGCCAUCAGCUGGAUGGGAAUGUCGCUCAGCGACGCCGACUUCGGCUGGGGCGCGCCGGCGUUCAUGGGGCCCGCGCUCAUGUACUACAGCGGCUUCGUGUACGUGAUGAACGCGCCGGGGAAAGACGGCGCGCUGGCGCUCGUGCUGUCGCUGGAGCCCGACAGCAUGCCGGAGUUCAGGAAGGUGUUCGCCGAUGAGCUGGCUCGCCUCCACCUCUAAAUAUCGCUACGCACUUAAUUACGCAUCCAUAGAGGUCCGUUAAUGAACUACACGUACGUACGUACGCUCAGUUGCCAUGCAUGCGUGUGACGUGCAUGGACCGGUAAAUAUAUUCUCCGCAUGCAACGUACGUUCUCUCCAUGCAUGCCGGAUUGGCCUUGGCCAUUCACGGGCAUGCAUCGCCGGUACAUGCAUGCGAAAUAUGCCAGUCAAGCUGGUCCGGCCACGUCGUGAAGUGUUAUUUGGUUGGUAUAUAUAAGCCAUAUAUUUAUACGUUUUUGUACUGCAAUAAGACCUGAAGAAAAUAUUAUUGGAGUGGGCUGUGUAAUCUCAAAGCCGAUAUAUCAAGAGAUAGUCGUUUACUCGUUUGCAUAUGUAA